AUGAAGAAAAGUCAAGCUUGGACCGUUGACGUUGAAGUCGCCGCUUCAUGGCACAUUUUCCACUGGGGUACAUUGAGAUGUUCCUGUUUUGAUGGUUAUGAAGCAAACGCCAUAUCUCUGCUAUCUUGCCUGAAACAUAAUGAAGCUGCAUCCCCAUGUAAGUACAGCAUGAUCACUCGAACGGUGUCAUUGCACAUCCUGGUUUUGUUUCUUCUGCUUCAUUCGACUGAUUCUUCGGACACCCUUGCCCCAAAUAAUACCUUGAAAGAUGGUGAUGUCUUAAUCUCCCAAGGAAGAAAAUUUGUCUCGGUUUCUUCAGCCCAGAGCUUUGAUUAUCCUACAGAUACCUAUCUUCCGUCCAUGAAGCUUGGGUUGGACCGGAGAACUGGUUUGAACCGAUUCGUGACAUCUUGGAAAUCCGAAGAUGAUCCUGCACCAGGCAGUUGUUCAUACAGGUUUGAACCAACAGGGUACCCACAGUAUUUCCUUUACAAGGGUCAAGAUCCGUAUUGGCGGGGUGGAGCAAUAAUUGAGAAAAAGCAGGGUAGCUUUCCCGAGAUGGCUAAUGAUUUUGUCUAUAAUAUCACAAUUACGAUUAACGCAAUGGAGGUUUCUCUGAUGUAUGGCGUUGCCAAUGCAUCAGUUAUCUCUAGAUAUGUGGCGUACGAGUCAGGCUCCCUUAAACACUUCUGA